AUGUCAUAUCACGUCUCGGAAGCCAGUGGACAUUUGCCGUUCGAGGACGACAAAACCAUCGUGACCAUAAAGUAUCAGGUCGAUGAUGGUGUCCGAUACAGUUCAAAACACGCAUGGGACAGGGGCUACACGACAAACAACAAGGUGGUCCAAAUCCCCAUCACCUAUCCGCUGAAUGAUCUUCGCAAGCUCUACAGCGGUGAAAGGAUCAAAAGUGAAGAACAUGAGCGUCUGGGAUGGUCGUGGUCACAUUCGGCCGAAAUUUUGAAAAAGUUUGGCUUCACCGCGGUCAAGUUCGAUCCAAGAUGGACUGAAGUGGACGCUGAAUCACAAGCGGAAGAUUGCGAUGACCUAGAGACUCUUGAACAGACCUACUACCCUGAAGUCAAGAAAGCAGUACAGAAACUAACGGGGGCAAGUCGCGUUUUCAUCACAAAUAGUAUUGUGCGAAGAGGCGGCGAGGUGCCUGCCAAAGAUAGCAACGGACCUCAAGUUCGUGCUUGUGGCAAAAAGAAGAGCUCGCCCGUGGAUUAUCAGGCAACUGACGAGACGAGACCAACACAUCUCGCAUCGUCAGACAACUUGAAGCCGGCAAGAGGGGCGCACGUUGACUACACGUCUCUCGGAGCCAGACGGUCCAUCCGCCGCUGGCGACCUGACAUCUACGCCGCCGCUGUCGAGGCUGGUGUCAUUGAAGCCGAGGAGAAGAUCUGCGCUGCCGCCCAGGUAAACGCAGAGGACAAGGAGAGCAACGGAAUCAUCGACCAAGAGUAUAACAAAGAUGGCAAGCUGGGACCGCGAUAUGCGGCAUAUAGCGUUUGGCGGCCCAUGAGAACGGUACAACGAGACCCGCUGGCAAUGGCUCCGCGAUCGUCUUUUCCAACGGGCACUGCUCUGGGUUAUUUGGGUUACGAAUCUCGAAUGCUUGCGGCGCCUUCCAUGGGCGGCGAUUUUCUCCGAGAGCUCGAAGCCGUGUCUGUGACAGAGGAGGUUGCCAAGGCGUACGAGGAGUCCAAUGGGAAGGUGCGCGCUAGUGAACUUGAUAGUCCUCAAUGGUAUUAUCUCCCGGAGCAGAAAUCGGAUGAGGUCAUCGUACUCAAGUUCUUUGAUAGCGCUGCUUUGACAGGAGGAGGAGGGUCUGGCGAGGCUGGGGGUGCCCCUCAUGCAAGUCCUGAUCUUGGUGAAAGCUCUUCUGGACCGGCGAGAUGGAGUAUCGAGGUUAGAUGUAUUGCCUUUUGGUGA